UCUUUUCCACUUAUAUAUUAGACUAAACAUUUUUGUUUAGAUUAUUUUCUUUAAAAACACACACAUUGUUUUAAAAUCGCGUUGCCUGGUGCAGGGUGUAUAGAGAACAUUCCGAGGUCGCCUUACUGAAUUUCCCGUCCGCGAGACUCUAACAGCAAGAAAAAUUACCUAAUUCACUUCGUGAGGUUUUUUUGUUUUUUAUUGGUAUAACCUGAUCAUAAAACGAUUAUUAAGAUAAAGGUAAAUCGACGCGUUCGUCGUUUUUCUCCACGCCGAGUGAGGACUCCAUGAGGCUGUCUGUAUGCGAGCAGAACCGGCCGCCUCCGGUUAGCCAUCAGGGAGCUUCGGUUAAAUACCUCACCGCACGGGCUCAUCCUCUCUUUCGCUCGCGCGACUUCUCACAACCCAGAAAGCCGAACUCGUGAUCGUUCGCGUACCCCGUCUACCGACUGCUGAUGUUUAAGAAGUAAAUCGGGUAAGUUCCUAAGCCACGGCUUACCGUUUUUAACGCGUUUCCCACCUCGCCAGCGCGGGUGAUUGAGAGCACCGUGAGGUGGAAGAAGCAUGGCGGCUCUAGAACAGUCGUCACGCCAGCGAGCUGCUCUCUGUCUCGGCCGUUCAUAUUUUUCCUUUCAUGUAACGCUUAAAAUGUGUGCGUUGAACUCUUUAAACGGAGUAUUUGUCGCAGAUUUUUGAGCCAGACAUUGCUGAAACUUAGACACCGCGCUCCGAGCGUGGUGAAAUCUAUUUUUCUUUAUUCUUGUCCUCCAAAGCCAUUAAAGGACCAGCUCCCAAUCGCCGCCAUACGGCGACCAACACCUCGCGUUCACUCCGGUAGUCUCGACGUCAACUGAACGUCGAGGUAACGAACAAGUUUUACGAAGUGGUAUUCAAGAAUGAAUGGAGGCAUGGAUUCCACCAGUAAAGAGCCAGUUCCAGUUUGGGCCCAGGACGAUUUACUGAAACUCUUGGAUUCCAUGAAAGUGAAUCUGCCCGAGAAGGACCUGACCAAGUAUAAGACAACCGAGGCCCACCUUGACUGGGGGAAAAUUGCUUUUAACACAUACUCAGCUGAGAUGUGCAAACAGAAAUGGCUCGAGGUCUCAAGAGAGAUCCGUAAAUUCCGAACACUGACAGAGUUGAUUGUGGAUGCUCAAGACUACAUCAAGAAUCCUUACAAAGGAAAAAAACUGAAGAAACACCCAGACUUCCCCAAGAAGCCACUGACACCAUACUUCCGCUUCUUCAUGGAAAAGAGAGCAAAGUAUGCUAAACUUCACCCGGAGAUGAGCAAUCUGGACCUCACAAAGAUCCUUUCCAAAAAGUACAAGGAGCUACCUGAACGUAAAAAGGAGAAAUAUGUGAAUGAUUUUCUCAAAGAGAAGGAAUCUUUCGAGCUUAACAUGUUAAAAUUCAGGGAAGCACAUCCAGACCUGCUGGAGAACACGGGCAAGAAAGCGUCCAAUGUACCAGAGAAACCUAUGACUCCACAGCAGCUGUGGUACAACCACGAGAAAAAAGCUUUCCUCAAAAUUCACCCUGAGGCCACCACCAAAGACAUUAAAGACAGUCUGGGGAGGAAGUGGACACAGCUUCCAGAUAAAAAGAGAUUGAAGUGGAUCACCAAAUCUCUAGAGCAGCAUAAGCAGUAUGAGGAGACAAUGAGGGAGUUUAUUCAACAACACCCACAACUGAACCUGACAGAAGACGAUAUUGUCAAGACCACUUUGACCAAAGCAGAAAGACAGCUGAAGGACAAGUCUGAUGGGCGACCAGGAAAACCGCCAUCAAACGGUUACUCCCUGUUCUGUGCUGAGCUUAUGUCUGGUAUGAAGGAUGUUCCGAGCACGGAGCGCAUGGUCAUGUGCAGUCAGCGCUGGAAACUGCUCAAACAGAACGAGAAAGAUGCCUAUCAAAAACGCUGUGAGCAGAAAAAGAAAGACUAUGAAGUAGAGAUGAACCGAUACCUGUGUAGCAUUUCAGAGGAAGAACAACAGAGAAUCUUGGGAGAGCAGAAGAUGGUGGGAUUUAAAAAGUCCGCUGGUAUUGCCAGCACUGCUUCCAAAAAGAGCACUAAAGCAAAGAGUAGUCCUGUUAAACCAAAGCGACCGAUCUCUGCCAUGUUCAUAUUUGCUGAGGAAAAGAGGCAGAAGCUUCAGCAGGAUAGGCCUGACUUGUCUGAUAGUGAACUAACUAGGCUUCUGGCCCGCAUGUGGAAUGAUCUGUCAGACAAGAAGAAGGAAAAAUACAAGAACUUGGAGGCAGUGUUGAAGGCAGAGUCAGAGAAACGAGGGAAGGAGGAGCAAAACAAACUGCCGGACCCACCAAAGAAUGCACAGGAAAUUUGGCAGCACAGUGUCAUCGGUGAUUACUUGGCCAGAUUUAAGAAUGACCGGUCAAAGGCACAAAAAACCAUGGAGGCAGCGUGGACCACCAUGGAGAAGAAGGAGAAAAUCAUGUGGAUCAAAAAGGCUGCAGAGGACCAGAAGAGAUAUGACAGAGAACUGAGUGAGAUGCGCUCUCCUGCUGUUGUGGUUGCCUCUGGGAAGAAGAUGAAAUUUGAAGGAGAGCCCAAAAAGCCACCAUCAAAUGGCUAUCAGAAGUUUUCUCAGGAAAUGCUGUCUAACGGGGAGCUGAACCACCUGCCCAUGAAAGAGCGCAUGACUGAAAUCGGUAGCCGCUGGCAGAGCCUUCCGCAGAAGGAGAAAGACCGCUACAAGAAAAUCGCAGAGGAGAAACAGAAGCAAUACAAAGUGCAGCUUGAACAGUGGCUAGCGAGCUUAUCAUCUCAAGAGAGAGCUGCGUAUAAGGAAUACAAUUCCUUGAAAAGGAGAAGCACAGCUAAACCAGGUGGUACCAGUGCUAAACAGAAAGCCAAGCCCAAGACCUCAGUAAGUCACAAUGAUGAAGAGGAAGAUGAUGAAGAGGAGGAGAAGGAGUCUGAGGAAGGAUCAUCCAGUGCAGAGGAGAGUGAAGAAGGGGAUGAUGAUGAAGAUGAUAAUGAGGACGAGGAUGAAGAGGACGAAGAGGCAGAGGAUAAGGAGAAUAAAUCGGAGAGCAGCAGCAGUGCGUCCAGUUCAGAGGACACCUCUGACUCUGACUCCGAGUGAGCUGGAGCAGAGCAAGCCCACAGACUGCCACAGACCCUGUGAACUGAGCCAUGAGGCAGAGCCUUGGUCCUGCAGUGCACUCCUCCAGCCACCAGGGGGAGCCUCCCACUGCACCACCUCGUCCAUUCGCAUCUCACACCACCUUCCAUAUGCUUUAGCCUUUUCCCCACCCCCUCUAUCAUGCCUGGCUGAGCUUGCCUGAUGAGUUUAUUGAGGACUGAGAGGAUUUCUAAAUUUCCCAUGGGUAACACGCAAUUGUAACUUUUAGUUUAAGUUAAAAGAGCCCAUGAGUGAUUUCAUAUUUUAAGAUUUGUGAGGAUUUCAAACAUUUUUUUUACCAUCACACUUUGUGGCAUUGUUUUGAAGCGUUAUUUGAAUGAAGAGUAUCAGUUUAUUUCCAGUCGUUUUAGGGGAAUCAAGGACCCUUGAGCCAAAGAACCUCGUUGCUCAGUGGGUUUUUCUGAGGGGGUUGAAGCGAAACAAAUGAUUCUCCUCUGUCCUCCUCUCUAUCCUGAUCUUAUCACUUUUUUCCCCCUUUUCACCCUGUCCUGCUGUAUGUAGUGGUGUAAUGUUGCUCUUUGGUUCAUCAUGUGGUAACUUCAGGAACAGUGAAGUGAUUUUUUUUUUUUAAAUUUUCUUUUUAAUGUCAGUCCACAUGGAUUGCAUGUAAAUAAGCCACCCAUCCCCUGUACUUGUUAGGUGUUGGUGCCGGGAUCUGCCCCCCCCCCCCCCCAUCAUUGUUUUUUCUUUUCUCCCUCCUUUUGUAUAAAUGGCAGAGAUUCCUCAUUUUGUGUUGCAUUUUAACAAUUCUCAAUUGAUUGCUUUAAAUUGAAAGAAAUUUUCUUUAAAAUAAAAAUGACAAAAAAAACCUCAA